UUAAGAUAUUCCAUAUGCAUGGCAUGCCUUCACUGCAAAAUUUGAUCAAGAAAUGAAAAACAAAACACAGAAAUGAUUUAGGAGUCUGUGUCGCAUGACUCUAAAUCCAAACAAAAAGAGACAAAAGAGCUUUGUGUCAGUCAUAUCUAGACAUUCCGUGACUCUCCAAUGGACCAAGUGUUGAAACUAGAGAUAGAGAGUAUGGCGUGUAAUAAAAUGCACAGGAGAUUCUCUCUGCACAGAAAGCUUCAAAUUCUCAGAACCCUCACCAAAUCCAAAUCAGUGAAGAAGAGCUCAGUGGUGAUGGAUGCUUGUCUGUACAUCCAUAAGCUAAAGCUCCAAAUAGAAGCAAUCAGGAAAGAGUGCCAACACUUGAUCAACCAUGUCCAAGAAGUGCAGGUGGAGAAGAUAGAGGAAGGAUGUUUAUCAGUGAGGGUGAGUUGCAAGAAUGGCAAUAAUGGCCAAGAGCUGCUGCCGUCGAUUCUCGAAGCUUUUGAAGAGAUGGAGGCGGAGGUCGUUGAAGCCAGAAUCACCACCGCCGCCAGCAAACACUGCUUGUUUGGAAUGGAGGCCAUUGUCCGAACCGCCAUUGAUGCAGAUCUCUUCAAUCACACACUUCAAAUGAUUGUCCGAAGACAGACACUUGACUCUGAUUCCAUUUAAUGAAAUAUUUAUAUAAUUAUUUUUUAGUGUUCAUACUAUCCCACUUCUUUUCUUUUCUAUCUUAGUUAAUUCUUGAAAAUUAAUCUUAUAGUUAGAUCGAUGGCUGUAAUUUUUAAUCUUUUAAUACCAAAGUUUAUAUGAUUUAGGAAUGUAAUGCUAUUGUAAGGGCACAUCUUUAAAA